GUUCGUUUGGAUCAACUCUUCAGUGUUCCACUCGACAUGGAACAGACAGUGCACGCGUUGAGAAUUGCUGUUAGGACUUUGGCAUUCUUCACCGAUUUACCACGUUCGAAGUGAAUAUACGAGAUCAAUAUUCCCCUUCAAAUGUGUAGCUCAUUGUUGAGUUUCAUUGAAUUGUGGAGUGUCUUCAAUAUACAAGUACAUAUUCGGACAUUUAGGCAAGCGUUGGUACCAGCAAACACACUUGGCUGCCAGUACCAAUGAUGCAAAAUUGGCGUUUCAAACUGAUGUUAACGAAGCUGACCUUUUCUCCUAUAGCAAUAUGAAAGAAGGGUCAGUUUCUCAAAAACGUGUUUGAAGCCCGAAACAUGCAUCACUGACACUGGUACAAACAAACAAACGAACCUGCCAGAGCUUACCUAAACGUCCCCAUACAAGAGACAUGGAGUAGUAUUUUGGACGUAUUGUCGCUAAAUAGAUUUUUUUUAAGUUGUCCAUUUCUGAAAUUGCAUUUGCAACUUGCAAAUACGAGUACGAUAGAGUGAGGAGGAACUCGUUUGGAGAUCACUUUGCCAAACUUUAAAACUGAUCGACAAAAACAGUGCUGCCUUGACAGGCCGUACUUGAAAUGUCGUGGACAACCUUUUCCCAGUGUUUAGUUACUUCAUUCACCAUUCUGGGAAACAUUUGGGUUCUCUCUACGUUUUUGUUUCACCCUCCUAUUCGCAGAGUGCGCUCAAACCUGUUCAUAUUGUCAUUAGCCAAGACCAACGAUAACUUUGAUAAACCGGUAAAGGCCCACUUUGAGAGUACUAUCCAUAUUAAUGGACUUCUGAGAGCAAGUGCAACACAGAAAGCAAUGGAUCACUCACUUGCUUAACAGCCGUUACGGAUUUAAUGGUGGGUGUGAUUGUGAUGCCUCUAAACAUUGAUUACCAUGAAACUGAUCAAAAGUGGAAACAUGGCAAUUGGGUCUGUGCAUUGUGGGUAGUAAGCGACACUUUGGCUAGCACCGCUUCUAUUUGGACUCUUGUCAUCAUAGCCAUCGAUCGCCUAGCGGCGGUGGUUUUCCCCAUAAAAUACAUGAACCUUUCAUGGGUAUCAGCACUGAUUGGUCUCGUCAUCGUCUGGAUACUUAGCCUGUCAUUGUGUGUGCCACCAAUCGUGUUUCCUGAGGAGUCCAUUGACUAUGAUUACUGUAGACACACCCAAAAACCUUGGUUCUUGAUUUAUUCUGCACUAGGCGCGUUUUACAUUCCUCUCACAAUUCUCAUUCUGGCCUACGGAAAGAUAUUCUUCGAGUUACGCAAGAAGAUGAAACAGAAAAAGAGUCGAAUGAGGCAAGGAUUCGAAAUGGAGACCGUGGGCAGUAGAGGGGAUUUUGAAAUUGUCACGCCCAUCAUGUCAUUCAGGAACACACUUCAACGCAUCGGGAAUACGUUGAGCCUUCCUGCAACCAUGAUUCACGGGAACAAUUCAACAGCGACAAGCUCCAUUCAGCUCUCCCAAGAUGACAAUAACCAAGACCACGCCAGGAGUGAUCAAAAUCUCCCGUUUAAUCGAGGCAACAAGAUCUCAAUGCAGAGCACGUGCAACUCAAAAAUCAUCGCACAAAGGGAGCGGAAAGUGCUAGUUCAAAUGGGGGUGCUAGUUGUAGCAUUCUUGAUUUGCUGGCUGCCCUUUUGGGUUUUGUUUUCUGUUCUACCCAUCUGUUUACCUCUCGAGUUUUGCGAAUUCACAUCCGCUUUGAGCACGUUAUCGACAGUAUUCCAAUGGUUGUCCUAUGCCAACUCCAUGAUUAAUCCGGUUGUUUACACAAUCUUCAAUCGCGACUUUCGGAUUGCGGGUACGAAAGCGAUCGGGCUUUGUCGUAAGUGUGGGACUUGAACUUUAAAAAAAACGCGAGUUUUGGGUCGCUGUUGAAUUGCCAGUGUCGCCGUUUUCUUUUUCAUUGAUGUGGAUGACAUUUCGGCCGCGAUUUCCGACCUCUUGGACCCAUUUAGGAAGGAGUGGGCCAAAAUAUGAGACCCUACAACUGUUGAUCAUGGUGUUCAGGCCUUUAAGCACGUCCGGACCACUUGCUACCAUUUCAAAGUCCAAAUUCUUCAUCUGUAGUGGUAAACGACCGUUGUGGAAGUCCUGAAUGGCUUUGCUCUCCUGUAAAAUGAUACCGCACUUGUUAUUAAUACAUCAAUCGUAUCAUUCAACGGAUUAAAACCUA